AUGGAGGAGCUCUAUGAAAAUCUCCUUGCACUGACUGUAUCUUUUUUCUGUUUGCUAUCCCUCCACAGCGUGACAGUAACAUUGAGUAAAUGCAUCCCUUGGUUAGAAAAUGUUAGUCUGGCCGCUUAUCUACGAACAAAAGAUGGAGAUCUGAAUUGGGGCGUAGUUGGAGUCGCAUUUGGCUGUUCAUUUACGGCUCUCCUCAUGACUCGAUUCAUAGUCAGGAUGGGUAAUCAAAUGCUUUGCAAGCACAUCAAAAGAUCACAGAGAGCCAAGAAGCGCAGCCAGACUUGUGGUUCUCGCUAA